AUGGAGGGAGCUUUUCUCAACAACACAAACACGAGUACAUCGACCUCCUGCACUGUGGAGUCUUCAGUGGAAAGCAACAUGUAUCCAACUGCUUACUCUCUGUUUUUUAUUGUGGGAUUUCCAGCAAACGCACUGUCUUUGUACAUAUCCUGGGUGCUGAUAAGAAGUGGGAACAGCAUGGCGGUCUACCUCUUCAACUUGUCCAUUUCUGACCUGCUCUACAUAAUCUCUCUCCCUGUGUGGAUUGAGCUGGCCCUGAAGAAGCAAGUGGACCCAAGUCUGUGCAGUUUAAUCGCUGUUAUUAUGUACAGCAGUUUUUACAUCGGUUCUGGCUUUCUUUGUUGCAUCUCUGUUGAUCGUUACCUGGCAGUGGUUUAUCCUUUCCACUUCCACUGGGUCCGAGAGAUAUGGACAGCAGUCUUUGUAAGCAUUGUUGUUUGGACUCUGGAGGUUUCUAUCCACAUUAUCCUGCUUAACCACACGGGGGCACUGCACGCCUUCUCCUCAAGAUACCUGUGUGACGAACGAUUGCCCAUGACACCACAAGAUACCAACCUCCACCUUACGAGAGUCACCCUGGGUUUCCUGGUGCCAGUCUUCAUAAUGACCUUUUGUUUUCAGCAGAUUAUGCAGUCGCUCUGUCAGAACAUCACCAUCCUGGAGGAGGAGCGCAGGAAAGUGGGAGUGUUGCUCUUGUCCCUUCUUCUUACCUACAUAGUGGCUUUUCUGCCUUUCCAGACUGUCAUGCUGCUCAGGGCCUUGCUGGAGCCAGGGGCCUGCAACUGGGCGGUAAAGCUCAGGGAUCCAUACCUGGUCACUGUUGCUAUGACAACCCUUAACAGUACACUGGAUCCUAUAAUAUACUGUUUGAUCAGUAAGAGCGCGCAGAAAGAGAUCAGGAAAGCAGUCGAGAAAGUUUUCCAAGGGCGGAAAGUUUGUAGGAGGACUACAUGGUUUGAAAUCCCUAUUCGGACAAUUUCAUAACAAGUACUUUUUUCUUUAUUUUCAAUUCAACCAGAUAAUAUUAGAAAAUCUGUAAUACCAAAAUAGGAAACUGUUUUAUAUUUAAAUAUAUAAAUAUAUACUAAGGCCUUUCCAGUGGCAGUAACAUGAUUGUAGAGUGAAAUUUGACAUUCACUUAUUCAUAUCCAUUAAUACUAGGUUUUGUUACUCUUGAACAUAUUUUCUUUUGUCACCAAAAAUGUGUUAACAGUGUGUUUAAUAAAUCACCUCAUUUGUCAUUUGAAGCAUAAAUUUUAAUUAUCCAACUUUAGCUUGUCUUCUCUCUUUUAUGAUGACAUGACUUUUUCUUUUGCAGGACCUAGAUGGCGUGUGAGUAUUGAAAGUUGUUUGUCUUUUUAAAUUUGAAUAACCAGCAUUUUCAAUCCACUCAGAGAUGUUUCUGGGUGAUAUGUAAAUCCAGACCUAAAAAUACUGCGUUUAACUUAUAGGAGCACAAAGUCUCAGACAGAACAAACUACCAUACAUAACAUCCUAUUUACACAGAGGAAACAGCCGUCAAGCUCAUACUGUAUAUAUUCCUUUAUCAGAGAAUGGUAAGCGUUACCUUUACCAGACUCCAAGUCUUUAUUGACACAUUAAACACAGAGAUAAGCAGUCUCAUAUACACUUCAAUUAAAUUUGCAGCCUGGUUUGGUGACUCAGGAAGUUUGCUCUGCCACGGCCUGUCACCCAAUAAACUUGUGGUAGUUAAGAAGGGCAAUAAGAGGGCAUCCUGUUCCUUCAAAUGAGUCGAUUCAGACAGGACAACCGCAUGAAUAGUCUCAGUUUUGUUUCAGCUUUUUCAUGAAAAUAAUGAUUCAUUGUACGGACAGGAUAACUCAGCUGUAAGUAGAUCUUCAAGUUUUUUCCACAAGUUCAUUCUGAGCUAUGUUUGUAAGAUUCUCAAUUUUUAGCAAUUAAUGGUUAUUUAAAGAAGGCAUAAGGGAAUACAAUUAGGACUGGAAACAUGCCAUAUAUAGGCUAACAAAGAUUAAUUCUGAUCAAGUUUUUGUUUGCUUGAUGCGUUUCCAUAGAACAUGUUAUAAAAUAGUGCCUGCAAACAAAAGAGUGAUGUUACAGAUUGGAGGUACGAUCCACAGAAGUUGUGAGGGACACGUUUUAACCAGAUAGUCUGGGUGGGUGACAAUAAAAGAUGUAACAAAUCUAGAGACUUUUCAGCAUAUCUGGUUGAUAAAUGUGUAAAAGUGAAGUCUUUGUGUCGCUACACUGAUUUAAUUUGCUGACUCCACAAAAGAGGAUCAGACUAUCGAGGUAUUUUUUGUUUCAGUUUAGUGUUAGUAAAAAUUAGAUUUCUUUUAAGUCAAGUUUUAAAUCAUCAUAAAAGACAUCAUCCAACGUUUCUUAUAUAGCACCACUGUAUCACGAGUAAACUUAUCAGUUGUGUAGAAUUAUACACUCACAGAUUAUUAUCAGAAUUGUGCAGCUUACUCAUGUCCUGUCUUGUUCCUCUAAAGGGCGUGAGAAGAAAAAAAAACACAUCUGUGAUGGAAAACUUCACUCUGACCACCAAUCACUCAGACUGUUACUCUGUUGACCAUGUAUCCAGGAGGAAGCCAUUCCUGUUGUUUUAUCUGGCUAUCAUCAUCACUGCCAUCCCAUCCAAUACCUUCUCCCUCUACGUGUCCUUGCAGCACAUCAGGCAGAAGAAUGAGCUUGGCGUGUAUCUUUUCAACCUAGCCCUCAGUGAUCUUAUCUUUUCUGUCGGACUGUCUCUCUGGCUGGACUUCCUGUGGAAGGGAGCGUGGGCCCAUGGAAGCCAUGUCUGUGUGCUGUCAAUCUACCUUCUCUUCACUAACUUUUACACAAGUGAUGCCUUCCUCUGCUGCAUUGCGUUUGACCGCUACCUCGCAGUGGUCCACCCGUUUAAGUAUGCUUCCUUGAGGAAGGUUGACACUGCAGCAGCAGUCAGCGUUGCCAUUUGGGUGCUGGUGGUCUGUUUCAAUGCGGCUACCAUCACCUGGGAGGACUCGUACUAUGAAGAUAGCGGCUAUUCAGUAUGUUUUGAUGUCUUUCUUCCUCUGUCAGAGAGCAUGUUUCGGGCUAAUCUUGCACGCUUCUUCCUGGGCUUUCUUUUUCCUGUUCUCUUGGUGACGUUUUCCACUCGAGGGCUCUUUGCAGCAUUGAAAUCCAACAAAGCCACAGAAGAACAGGAGAGUAAACAGGUUACAAGGCUGCUAACUGUCCUUCUGCUCUGUCUUUGUGUGUGUUUUGGACCUAUCCAUAUCAUGAUGCUGGUUCGCGCACUCGUGAAUGAUUGUAAGAAAGUUGCAUUACUCCUCUAUCCAUAUAAAAUCAGCCAAGCUAUCUCAAGCCUUAACUGCAUAGCAGACCCUCUCCUUUACUGCUUCAUUACUCGAACAGGGAAGGCAAAUGUCAAUCAGAUAGUCCUCUUAUUUCAGGUAAAGAGGAGAAGCAGGGUAGAAGAUGUGUAAGUUUCCUUUUCUGCUUAAAAAUCCUAUUUUCAUAGACACUGCAAUAAAUUUAGGCUUUCAAGUAGCUGUGAGUCACUACAUGAAUGACUCAGAGGAGAUUUGUUUGAGCCAAGAAACCUGACUGAGGCCUCACAAGAGAGAUGAUAUAGACAUCACUGGGACUUCUCUGUACGAAAAAUUGAAGCACUAAUUAAUUAAAAUGAUUCAAGGAAGUUGAGACAUGGUAACUAUGUACACAAACAGAAGAGCAAGAGUGCAAGAGGAUAUUUGAGUUGCUUGUUUUCGGUUUUAGUGAAGUUGUGGCUUUUUAUUUAGUGAACCCAAAAAACUAGUUGUAUGUUUUUACUUCUAAUCACAGUAUGCAGCUUGCUGAAGUGUUAAAUAAAAACAAUAUAACACUUAAAGUAAAGAUGUUAAGGUAAAAUAAUGCACAACCACACAUACACACACACACACACACACACACACACACAUUCUUGUAUUUAUUGUGUUCUUAGGACCAGAGGUAUCUGCGUACUGUUCGAGGACCCUGCUUUACAGACAUCAUUGGAACUUAUGGAGUGCAUCACAUAACACAGUAGUGUUAAAUAACAUUAAUAUCAAAGUCAAAGAUAAGAUGGGUGAGAAAUGCACAUUUAGAAAGACACCUAAAUAAAUCAAUGACUGAUCACUCAAAAUUAACUCUCUGUGUAUUAAAAUGAUGCUGUAUGGUGUGUGGCUGACUUUAAACUGCUCUAAAGUUGUUUUAUACUUGAAUAAAAUUGAUCAAAUACUGUUAGUCUUACAUUGCAUAAUUUUCAUUGGGAAGAUUGUAAAUCUGUUUUGUUGAAUUUUGUGAUAAUUUUGAAGUUUAGCACCACAUGAGAGAAUUUUAGGCUUAAUGUUUUUUUAUGGCUUGUUUUGUUUUUAAGGGCAGCAAUAAUCAAAUAACUUUUGAAAACUAUGAUUGAGGAUUGAAAGAUGAGGCGAAAAUGUUGGAUAAGGACAAUGUGACACCUAAAAAAGUGUUCAGAAGGAAACACAAAGGUGUUUAGAGAUGUGUUGGGUGAUUCACUUCAAGUUGCUCUCUGCCUGGUGCUUUGAAAACCUCCAGUUAAUAUGAUAUCAUAUUAAGUCUAUUUUACAUGGCAAUAUCACAGCUGAUGGAUAAUGCCAAGUUUUCUUGGCUCCUCUGUAUGACUGCCUGACACUCCCUCUUUCUUUUCCUCUCCAUCAUCCUUCCUGCUGCUUUUAGCACUUUCACACUUCCUCCCUUCCUUGCAGCAACUCCCUCAUCAGGAAACAACCUCUCAGAUCUUCAGUCUGGGGAACUCGUUCUUGGCAGGCUUGAGGUGUCAUUUGCUAAAAUUUUAAUGUGUUAAAGCAAAUACUGUCGUUAUUUUUAAUUUGUCUACAAAUGAAAGGAAAUCUUGGCUCCUACAUGCUGUUUACUGCCAUUGGAGUAAAAUUAAGCUAAAAAAUCAGUUUCACAAUUUCAUUGAAUUUUGGUAUCAAGACCAAAAAAAGAAGUCAUUUGUAAUCUGUUCUAACUGUUGAACAUGACUUUUAAUGAGACAAUCAUGCUUAGGAGUGGCAGUUUAUGCCUUUGCUUUAAGAUUAUGAGACAUCUCUAAGCAAUGUCUUAUAAUUUCAUGAAUACAUUAACAUUAAGAUAUGGUGAGCAUCCUGUGUAAGUAAGAGGAGAUUUUACUUUUCCCGAUCUUUUGGGGUCAGUAGGUCACAUGCUUAGUGAAGUAUGAAGUCAAGGGGUAUAAAAGAGAGCCUUAUUUCAGUAAUAAUGGAAUCACGUCCUAUUAGACUGGGAGUUAAUGCAUUUUUAUUGGUCUGAUAAAGUUGCUCUUUUUAACCUCAUUUUUUGGGUCAUUUGUACAGACAUCAUAUUUUAAUUCCCUGUUAACAGAAUAAUCUUCCAUUGGCAUUGUGAACUUCACUUCACAUAUACUGCAUAAUACAGUCAAAGUGAAACCUUGAAAUGAGGGUGCAGAAGUACCUGUGACAUACAACGCAACUUUUCUCAGCUUUUAAUUCUCACUGUGUUACUGAGGUGUUGAUUAGUUUUCAGGCUCUAUUUAAGUCAAGUGUUACAUGCUUCUCUUCAAGUUGUUUAUUUUUGUUUUCCAGAAGAAGAUGAUGGCUACAGAUACUUAAGUAGAAGAUAUUUCUGACACUUGAAUGUGUUUAUUCCUCUGAUUUUAUAAUUCAGAAUAACUUGACGACUGCAGGGUUUGAUACUUAACUAACAAACACCAGGCUGUCAGCUUGAAUUGUUUUGCCAUUAAGUCCCCCAGUUAUGACCACUACUGUGGUUUAGUAGUGCUAACAUAAAGAUACUUAUCAAAGGUUCAAAGCUCACUAGUCCCUCAAACUAAUAACAAGUUGUCUCAGCUUCCCUAACAAUCAUGCCAAGUUUUGACAACUGUUUUUUUAAACAAAUCUUACUAAAUUUUCCCAACAAAAUAUCAAUGUUUUAUCAGUCAGUAUGUAUCUAUGUAAAGGUUUAUAUUUGAGUUUUAAUUACUUUAUCUAGUCAUCUCAGCAACCACCAUCAAGUUGUUUUGACUAACACUUAUUUUUCCUACCUCGUCCCAGUCAUAUCUCAAAUGAUAGUUUCCUGAAGGUGAACCAUAACAUGAAAUAGAUUAUGCCUCUUUAUAAACAGAUUCAGGGUUCAAAUAUAGCACAGGGAUUUUUCAUAUGAGCGAGGGAGAAAAAUGCUGUCCUCCCCUAUGGUUAAAACAUGGUUUUAAACUUCCACUGUGAAAAAUAGAAGGACUUAUAAAGCAUACACUGACGGGCUGACUUAUAGCAAAGUGGUAAGGGUUUCUGCCUCUCAUUAAAAGGUCUCUAGGUUCAAGAUCAGGACACCUUGUGAACCUAGACAGUUAAAAAAAAGACUAAAAAAAAAGUUAAUAAUGAUUUCUAAAUUAGCACAAAGUACUAAAGUAGCAUAGAGUACUUGUGACACAUCUGUAUCAUAUAAUGCCAACCAUGGAGAGGAAGAGAUUUGUGAAGGUUGUUCAUGCAUUUCACCACUUUGUGUCACUAGUGUGCCGCUGGCUGGCUUGCAUUGCAGCUGUCGGUGUAUCAGUGAAGGUAAACUGUGUCGACCCACAGUCAUUUAGUUUUUUUGAGAAUAAAGACAGAACCAGGCUCUGCGCUUAUACGGUAAAAGACCACAGAAAAGUUGAGUAAAAGCAUCUUGCCUUAAAAGAUUUGAAGUUGUUCAUGGAUCUCUAUGGGUCUCAAGUAGUUGGGUUGACUCUAGACAUGAAUAAGUUUUAUCAAGGUUACAUCUUUGUGGACGGUGAAAAGAGUUUAAUUUUGAUCAACCCUGUAACAAAAUGUAACAAUAAAGCAAAAGGGAAUAAUAUCUCUUGUUGAUCCAGUAUGAGUGGGGGGGUGGACAGAGGGGCAGUACAACAGCGAGAGAAAGGAGACGGGUGGAAGAGAUGGGCACCUAAGGCUGGGCCACUUCACCUUGAAAGAAAAAACCUCACACACAAACACACACACACACACACACACAAACACACACAAACACACACACACCACAUAUACAGGGAUGCCUUUUCUAUCACAUGCAAUUUAUAGCUGCGCCUUUCCCGACUGGCCUCCCUUAAUCAUUUUUUUUUUUUUUGUGUUGUCAGCUGGCUCUGUUUUCUUUCCUGGGUGUCAUGCACACGUUGACACAUGUGACCAAGCUCUGAGCUUCACGUGCACCCAUAAACACCUCAGUGCCCCGGCAUGCUGUGAUAUCCUGGGAGUCACUUACAUAAUAAAUUCUGUCACUUAAUUACCUCAAAGCUGCAGAGAAGCAGAUACACGACAGUGUUGUGCAUGUAAAAAAAAAAAUGUUGGGGCUGCAAGUUUGAGGAGAAUAAAUGAAUGUUUUGAUGGCACAUUGUCUUUGAACAUGCAUUUGCAGACUUGUUUGUGUUGUUAUGAUACAGCCAAUGGAUGCACAGCUUAAAAUCAACACACUGUUUACAGCACUAGCUGAGUAAAUCUUGGUAUUAAGUCACUGAUGAAAUUUUUAAAGUAAACUCCACUAAAUACCAAAUGAUAUUUUCACAGCUAUCAGCAGUUUUGUACAGGAAAGAAAAAUGCAUGAUGUAAACAUUUCAUUGUUGUCAUUGGGGUUGCAUGGAUCAUAAUCUGCCUGAGUCACCUACCCUUUCUAUCACAGGAGUUUGAGUCUGAAUACAUUUGAAAAAGAAGGGUACUCUUGCCAAAAAAUAAAAAAUAAAAAUAGAAAUAAGUUGUAGCUCAUAAAAAACAAUGAAUUCUCCUCUCAACUUCCACAUUUGCAUAUUAUGUAUUUGCAGUGAACUGAGGGCCAAACACACAAAAAAAACAGACGUCUUAUUAACUGUGUUCUUCCAAGAUGGGAUGAAAACUAGUCAGUCUUUAAAGGUGUUAUGUUAAAUUUGGGACCCAAGAUGCAGAGAUUAUAUUAGAGAUUGAUAUUUUAUUAACUCAUUAUCUUAUUAUCAAUAUUUUACUAUUACUGGCUCAUGAAUAGUUCACCAGAAAAGACUAAAUUUUUGAUUUUUCACCUUUGGUUUGAAAUUUUUAAAAAAGGAGUAAAAGGAAAAAUUGUCUGAUUCUUGUGAUCUAGAAUUUGCUGCAUAGUUGAUACAGGUUUUUUCUUUUGCCGCAUGUUGUUAACAUUUUGCUGGUGAAGCAAAUUCCUUCAUGAUGACAUUUAUCACAGCUAUCCUCCAGAUUAUAUGUUCAAGAUGUGUUAUACCGUGCCAUCAGAGUAAAAUGCACAGAGGCGUAACGGUGGAGCAAAGUGGAACCACAGCUGAACCAGCAGCAGAGGUGUUCGUGCCUUGCUGGGGCAACAGAAUCACACCACUGUGGUAUUUGCAGCAAAGUGCGAAACCAUCUGAGGUGCAAAACAGCUGGGAAAUGUUACAGCAGAAUCUCAAUGUUUAAGGACUGCAAAACAGCACUUAUCACAUUUUACAUUUCUCAUGUCAUGUUUAUUACAUCAUAAAAGGCACUCACUACAUUUAAUGUGAUCCGUCCAUAAAACAAACUGUACAUAACAAAUAAUCAUUCAACUAAUCACAGGUUGAGGUCAAAGUCAUGUAAAAGAUCAUACUCUUUAAAUUAGAAACAACUAAAGUUUGUGAGUGGUAUAGCAUAAAAAAACAAAUGCAAUGCAUGCUAAUCAUACAUUUGAUCAUUUUAAUAAAGUCAGUGUUGUAGCGCCAUUAUUGACUCUUUCUUUAUUGGAACGAGGUUUAAAGCUCCUGUGAGGAGCUUUUUGACCUUCAUGAAGUGCACAAAGACUCAUGUUGAUCCUUUUUAUGAUAUACAAGAGCAAGCAAGACCAUCAGCAAUAAGACUGAAGAUUUUUAUAGUGCAAUUUUUGAUACCUUAUAUUGGCGUGAGUCAUUUCCACAUAAAAUAUUCACAAUGUAUUAUUUAUUCAAGUGUCAAUAUUCAUCAGGAUGAGAUUUUUUGUCAUAGGACACGACUGACGCAUGUAGAGGACAUGAUAAGCCUAGACUGCUUUGUCCACAGGGGGCGCCAAAACUGAUACAAGCUAAAAGUUCUUCACAGGAGCUUUAAAACAGACAUUUCAGUGAGUACAACUCAAGGAAUAAAACUUGUUUCAGAGUAAAAAAUGACAUAAAAAACAGAAAAGAUGUCAGAAAGGAAACAUGACACUGUAUCAAUGUACUUCAUAUUUUACAGUUCAAAUCGAAAAUUCAACUUAAGAGCUCGACUGAUAUAAAAAGGAGUAAACAAAGAUAGAAACAUGCUUGGUGAGUACAAAAUCAACAGCAUCACAUUCAGUAGUUUGAAAAAAGCAUUUGUCUCGUGAAAUUUGUGAUAAAGUGAAUAACAUAUUUAAAAUGUUCAGAACUUAGCUGACAAUCUCAGAGCCAGGGGUGACUAAAUAUGUGUGUCGGGGGCACAAAAAGGGUGGCAAUUAUUUCAGAAAUCCUUGAUUUUUUCUCUCCCUAACACAAAAUGAAACAUUACUAGAGUUGGAAAUCAAGUCUUCAAGUAAGUUUUCUCUUCAUUAGUUGCUAUGGUUGUGUUUUAAUAACCGUGCACAAUCAAAGUGUUUGUUUACAAGCUCUAACUGUAGUGUGUAGUAUAUCUAGAUACCCUAAGGCUACAUUUUCAAAGUCAUACACCAUGUAGGGUUAAUUGUACAUGCCGGCUUGGUAAAUGCUUGCACCGCAAUUGAUCCAUUAGAAACUCAGCCUCAGCCCUCCAUUCAUUAAAAGUCCCUUUUGUACCAGGCCGAUGAGCUAAAAAUAGCCACCACAGUAUGAGAUGACAAAGUGAAGAUCAAUAAUGUUUCUGAAGAUGGAUGACACGGAGUUGGCUCUCUGGAUGUACUGCCCCCAUCGUUAAAAAAUAAGAUUUUACAUUAAGAGGCAGCCGUUGCCCAAGUGUUUCAGAGGAGUCGUGGAAGCCAACAAAGCUCUCUUCAAAACUAAAGCCUUUCGCUAUAUUCACGCAGCAGCCCUGUCCUCUGGCAAGUGGCUCAGGGUGGAAGCCCAAAUGUUGGCACAACCAUUAUUGACUGGAAAGACGUUUGAAAGUAAAAACCCACAAAGACAUUUCACCAUAUUGCAAUGUGAAACAACGUAUUUGGUACCAAUUGCCACAGUUUUUUUUUCCAACAAACAGGAAAAGUAGUGACUCUAAUCUUACAAAACAACACGCUUCAGCUGAUCUUGUUAACAGAUAGGGUGGUGCUGCAAACACUGGCGCAAGCCCAGGUGCAGCUCAUGUCAGCUCAAGGAGGAGGCACACCGUCUAAACAGCCAAGACUUGAUUAAAAUUACUGCCUGCUCCACAUAUUUUGGACCAAACAGACUGAUACCAGCCUUUGUUUUUGUCUUUUUUUUCAGGCAUUUGCUGUUGAAUCUACUGCUUCCAGAGAAAUAAUUUGCGAGAUACCAUUGAGAUGA